AUGACCGGUCCCAUGCGCCAAAUCGUGUGCAAGGGACCUUCGAUCUAUGGGAAGGUCGAGGCUGCAAAUUCCUGCAUCGAUGCUAUGCCAGACUCAGGCACGGACAUCGAGCUGUCCACCCUGGCAUCAUCCUCGGUGACGGACUGCGAGGGUCCGGACAGCAUCGACAGCAGGAGGGACCACAGCCCUCCGAGGAACCCGACAAGAGGACGUUUUCGACUUGUCGUUGCCAUCGUCCUGCUUGCCACACUCUUCGUGGUUGCGAAGCUGUCAGGUGCAACGAAGCUGUUACACCGUGAGCAGAUCCUUCGCGUAAUGGAAGAUGCAGGACCGCUAGGUUGGCUGGCAUAUGUCGUGCUUUUCUCAGCCGGGGAGCUCCUGCACAUUCCUGGCAUCGUCUUUGUCAUUGCUGCAGUCUUCUCUUACGGCCGUGCGAUCGGCGCUUUACUGGCCUACUGUGGAAGCAUCACGAGCGUGUCGGCUGGAUUUUGGGUGACACGUGCGCUGAGCGGCGGUGCAACCUUGGACACGUUGAAGAUCAGGUGGGUGGAUCGUGUUCUCAUGCGCCUGGAGAUUGCUCCUGUGCGCACCGUCGCGAUGCUCCGUCUUUGUUUCUAUCUUGCGCCAAGCUUCAAUCAGGCCAUGGCCCUUACCAAUGUACAGUUUCAGCACUACUUCCUGGGAAGUGCCAUCGGCCUGGUUCCAAUGACCCUGCUCGUGACCUUACUGCUGCAAACUUUGAUCGACCACGGCAUUGUCUGA